UCCCUCUCCAUCUGUUCCUCCAUUCCCACACCUCUUGAGGUGGGCUGGAAACCUGGGGGAUGGGACAAAGCAUCCGGGUGCUUUCAGCAGGCAGCGAGGACCAUCCCUGAGAUACUCCAGCUGCCUCUUGUCAUGAAGGAGGCCGAGGCCAUUUUCCCCCAGCUCUUCCUGGCCCUCCUCCUGCAAGUGUCCUUCACCACGGAGCUGACACUGCAGGAGGUGGGAAUCUUCUGGGAGGAGCACCGGCAGCACCAGCUCACUCCCAUCAGGUCCGCGGUGCAGGCCUUGAAGGUGCUGCUCUGCAGCGUGGGCCUCCAGAGGCAGAUGGAGGCCAUCCAGGAGCAGGGGGGCUGGGACGCGCUUCUCAGCACCGUCACCCACCUCCAGGGCGUGCAGGUGGUGGCCAGGGUGAUGAGGGAACUGCCUGGUGCGCUGCGUGACCCCAUCUUCCAUCAGCUGGUUGAGCUGCUUAGCACCAAGCUCUGCUCCUGGGAGAUGGUGGCCAUGGUCUUCCUCGCUGAGAUGCUGGAGUGCGUGGACCCCAGUGAAGAGCUGCACCGCGUCGUGAGCCUCUUCAACACCUGUCUGCAGAGCCAGAGCGUGGGCACGCAGCAGCUGGUGCUCAGGAGCAUCCUGGAGCUCAGCAAGAGGCCGGACGCGGCGAGGAAAAUGCUCGGCCUGCUGCCGUGCAUCAUGGAGCAGCUGCAGGAUGCAGACAGCGGCGCCCGCGCCGUGGCCCUGCCAGUGCUCAGCACCCUGCUGCGGCUCCUGGAGAGGGGGAAGCUCAGCCUCGUGGCUCUGGAGCUGGCCGGCAAUCUCCCAGCGCUUUUUGAGGACGAGUCUGGCACGGUGCGCCAGCUCUCCAUGCACCUCUUCCUUGACACGCUGAGCUUUGUGGAGGGCAGAGAGAAGAGGAAGAUGCGGAAGGAGGUGUACAGGAGCCUGGUCCCGCUGUAUCUGCACCUGCACGACGAGGAAGAGAGCGUGGCCAAGUGGCAUCUCAGCCGUUUGGCAGGCCUCCCAGAAAGCCUUCCUUGGUGCCACACGGUUCCUGCGCUGGAGGCGGCUGCAGCGCCUGGCAGAGGUGGCGCAGUUCUGGCAGAUCGGCGAGUGCCUGCUGGUGGAGAGGAGGAAGAGCGCAGCGCAGGACUACCUGGGCCAGAGCCUGCUCUACCUACAGAGCCCGCAGGAGCCCCUGCGGCGGGAGGCCGUGAGGUUCAUCGAGCUCGUUGGGAGGCACGAGAGCACAACGGCGCGGACCAGGUGGUGGCGGUUCGGGCGGCGCUGACCCCGCGGGACGGAACCCGGCGCCCUCCGGCGGCUCCGCGGCGCACCGCGCACCGCUGCGCUCCGGCGGGGCUGGGGGACCCUGCGGCUGGUGCCCAGAGAGGAGGAGGAGGGUUCUGCACUUGGAACGUCGGGAUGGAGCGCGACACGGCCGCAGCCAUGGCCAUCCAGGCGUGGUGGAGAGGACAGCUGGUGCGGAGGGCACUGCUGGUGGCGGCCAGCAGCGCACGGCGCAUCCAGGGCUGGUGGCGACGGGUGGGCAGCCAGCGGAGGGAGCAGCAGCGCCUGUGGGUGCUGGCAGAGUACAUCAAGCUGGAGCGAGCCAUUGUCCUGCUGCAGGCUCAGGUCCGGGCAUGGGUGAUGCGGACAGAGUACAAACGCUGCCAGGAGGCCGCCCGCACCAUCCAGACCUGCUGGCGGGAGUACGUGCAGCGCCGGGCUGGAAACUGCACCAAGGAUGUGGAUCUGCACAUUGACAUUGUCCUGGGUAUUCCGGGUGACUGUGGAACCCAGAGUGAAUAAAGCACCAUCCCCACGGAGGGAUGGCCACCUUGUGUGGGUGCUGACUCCUCUAUUUGUGGCCAGUGGGGCCACAGCAGCAAACAAAUGGCUCCAUCCGAGGGGCUAAUGCCCCCCCGCUGAUGCUGGGGGUGGGACAGUAUCCCAUGGCAUAGGGCUGGCAUGCACCCACCUAGCCCCAAGCAGCCUCGACUGGUUACUUUCCUUAGCAGAUGCUGAGCUCCCUGACACACAGCCCAGCA